CAAAAACAAAGCCGAACAGGCAAACUAAACUGGGGCCAGGCUCUUCUCCAUCGUUCAGAUUCUUAACGUUGUGUAGGAACGAGACCCUCCACCAAAAAACGUUGAUUUGCCUGAUUAAUCGGCUAAGAAGGUUUUCUCGAAGAGGGAUUGAAAAGGCAUAGUUGCGCUCAAAGGUGCACAGGUUGAACCAUAAAUCAAGGACUUGCAUCAUUAGCAAGAACUCAAUCCACAAUGUCAAGCAUUAGUAUAUCCCACAUCCACCCUAGAAGCCUGAAAUUGUUGAAAUCCUCGAAUGUGCAACGUGUACUUAGCGUCCCUCAGAUUCGCAUUAAACGCCCUACCAUUUGCUGCACAAAAUUGACUCCAUGGGAACCUUCACCGGUCACAUAUGCUCCCACUGAGACUGCUGGUGAUAACUUAUUGAAGAAAACCACCAACAUAUUUGAAACCCUUAAUUCUGAGAACACAGCUGAAGUACCAGAAACCAGCACUGAAAAGGUUACUGACACAAGCAAUUCGCCAGUGGUGCGGCUUCAGUUCCUCAAAUGGCCAAUGUGGCUUCUGGGCCCUUCACUUCUACUUGGAACCGGCAUGGUUCCGACCUUGUGGCUACCAAUAUCUUCCAUCUUCCUUGGACCCAACAUAGCCAGCCUGCUCUCCUUGGUUGGACUUGAUUGCAUUUUCAAUCUUGGUGCUACCCUUUUUCUCCUCAUGGCUGACUCUUGUGCCCGUCCAAAGCACCCAACACAGGCUUCCAAAAGCAAAGCUCCUUUCACUUACCAAUUUUGGAACAUUGUUGCAAAUGUAACUGGAUUUGUUGUCCCUUUGGUGAUGCUGUAUGGAUCCCAAAAGGGUUUUCUCCAGCCACAGCUAUCUUUCAUCUCAUUUGCUGUUUUAUUGGGUCCCUACCUUCUGCUUCUGUCAGUACAGCUUCUGACUGAGAUGCUCACAUGGCAUUGGCAAUCACCCGUUUGGCUGGUGACCCCCGUCGUGUACGAGGCUUACCGUGUCUUGCAGCUGAUGAGGGGGUUGAAGCUCGGGGCCGAGCUCACUGCACCGGCAUGGAUAAUGCACACACUUCGAGGGUUGGUGUCCUGGUGGGUGCUGAUUCUAGGUAUACAGCUCAUGAGGGUUGCUUGGUUUGCUGGUUUCACUGCACGAGCUCGUCAGCACCAGCCUUCUCCUGCUGCUGAUGGUUAGUAGUAUCCACCAUCAGUGAAAACUCCAUGAAACUGGCUUCCCAUACAGAUUUUUUGUCUAUCUAUUGUAUAUAUUGUAAAUCCAAAAAUGUGCAGUUCAAUCACUGUGUUCGUCACUUUAUUCAUAUUAAUAUUAUCAGUUUAAUUAGUCUUAUAA